AUGUCGCUCCACGCCGGUCACCCUGAGACCACCAAUCUCUCGCACCAUCAAGCACUGCAUCAUGAUCAGAUCAGAAUCUUGAUUUUGAACGCAGGGCUGCCUGGAUCUCCGCUUGAAGCAAGUCUCCAGACAAUUUCCUUGAGCGAUCUGAUAAAUCGCAAUGAAUAUACCAGUGAUGGCAUUGGGGGCUAUACUCAUCACUACGAGGCCAUCUCCUAUUGCUGGGGAGAACCCKUCUUCCCGAAAUCCUGCAAGUUUGCAGAGGGUGGCGAGAUGCUCCUGACGGAAUCGCUCCACUCAGCACUUCAGGCAUUUCGAUAUCCGGACAGGAGCAGGAGUCUAUGGGCUGAUGCCGUGUGCAUAGAUCAAGCAAAUACAUCCGAAAGAUCCUCCCAGGUGGAGCUGAUGGGCGACAUCUUUGCAAAAGCAACGCGUGUUCUGGUAUGGCUUGGCGAUCCGCUGGGCAAUGGUUCUGAUACUCUUGCGUUCGCGGCGUUGAACAUGCCUAUUACCCCUCAAGGUGACAGAUCGAGAAAGGAACUGCUCGCUCUAAUGGAGCAGUAUCUUCCCUAUGCGGAGCGCUGCGCCUGUUGCAAUGAAACGGUUCCGGAUGGUACUCCAGUAACACUUGCGAGUGGACUGACAGCAAUCGCGAAGCUGCUAGAACGACCAUUUUUCCAGCGCCUAUGGGUUGUGCAAGAGAUUGUCUUCGCCCAAGCCGUGGAGGUCUACUGCGGUAGACAUCACGCACCCUGGGAAAUGUUCACCGAACUCUCCCGAGUGCCGGGCCAAUAUCAAGGAGAUCAGGAGUACAUUGAUCAACAAUACACCACAGCCAUUCCUCGAGCAGAAUUGCGAAAAGUAUGGGCACAAACCAACUACCUCAACCAACUCCGGUCUCGUCACCGUCAACGAAAAACAGACACUUUUAGGCCCACGGAGCUAUGUAAAGAUCUACUCAUGAUGUCCAAGCUACAAUGUCGAAAUCCGCACGAUCGAAUUUUUGGUGUUUCGAGAGUACUCGGUUUGCGUGACAUACCAAGUCUACGUGCGGAUUACACCCUCUCCGUUGCAGAGGUAUAUCGACGAGUAGCAGAAGUCUACAUCACAGCACAAGCAAAUCGACCCGGUGGACACGCCGUUCUACUCCUCGCUCUCACUUCCACAGAAGCCGCAGAAGCCAAAUUCCUAGCAAGACCAUCCUGGGUACCGGAUCUACAGCAUUUAUCAGAGAGAUCACGCGCGAAGAAUACAUACUACCAGUGGGCGUUUGCUGAGCGGCAAUUCUAUGCCGACGCUGCACUCUUUCGUUGCUAUAUCUCCCCCGAGAAACCUCUGGAGCUCUGUAUCAGAGGGAGGUGUUUUGGGGAAAUCACCGCACUUCUAGAGACAUCGCAGUGUCCUUCAAAACAUACCCACAGACGUUCAGGCGAGAAGUGUCCAUCUGCCGAAGGAGUGGAAUUGCUUCGCUGGCAUGCUCGUUGUCGACGCUUUCUCGAGCAAUACGCAUAUAUCGACUCCGUGGACACUGAUGAUGCGGGUGUUGUUGAAAAAUUGGACGCAAUUUUCUCUUGUGAUCGUGCCAAAGACGGCGCUUCUCUUCACGUGGAAACGAUCUCGAAAUGGCUUGAUGAAGAUUCGGAAGACAUGGAUACUCUAGACCUUCAGUCCGUUUGUAGACAGCUGAAGCCUUAUAUCACUGGAUACCCGGUGGAUCGAGAUCGUCUCCUGUGCAUUGCAAACUGCGGCUCUAGAAGUGGAGCUGGAUGGGUUCCCUCGGACGCGAAAAUUGGUGAUCAACUUUGUCAGUUCGCUGGCUCGCCAUAUCCAUUUCUCGUUCGGGAAGAUGUGGACGGGAGGUAUAAACUCUUGGGCGACGCUUUCAUGACAGGCGUCACAGAGGCUGAAGUCCUGGGUCUUGAUGAUGUUGUAUGGAGUUCUCAUUUGACAAGUCUUCGAACCUGUGACGGUGCACUUAAAAGUUGGAUGCAGUCCGAAGCGCGGAAAGAAAUGAAGGUCGAGAAGAAUAAUGGGUUUAAUCUCAGCAAAAGAGAUGAGCAGUUCAAGACCGCUCGACAGGAUGCCAUUGAUCGCUUGAAGGAUUUCUAUCGUCAAAGCGACGAUGACCUUGUCUGGAUUUGUCUCAGAUGA